UUAAAAGGUGGGUUUUGCUUUACUAUUUCAAAUUAAAUUGUACGAGUAUUUUAACAAUUUCUUGUUUUAUGACAGAAAAUGUGACAACAUCAUCAGGUUUAUGCAAAAUGACACACUUGCAGAAUGGGAGACAUAACUUCAAAUCUCACAGAUCAGAGGAAAAUGCACUACGACUUCCAAAAAUUGACAAUAAUUCUUAUAGAAAUAAAGGACAGGAUGCUCACUAUUCGAGUUAUAAACCACCGUACGUUUAUGACGAAAAUCAAAAGCUUAAAGAUGAAAUCAAGUUCUUGAAAGAAUAUCUAUGGAGGCAGACUGAUAAACAUGCUAAAGAAAUCAGGCUUUUAGAAACGCUCAGUAAGGAUAUCAUCGAAUUACAGACAAAUGAGAUUCAGAAGUUAGAGACCGAGAAACGUAAUUUUGAACGGAAAAAUUAUGAGCUGGAAAAAAUGCUGAACAACAAAAAUAAUGAAACAGAUGACGAAAAAGAGGUUUGGUUUCAGGAAUCCAGUAAGCGUAUUUCUUACUUACAGAAUGAAUUGGAGAACUCUGUUAUCAAAAUAGAAGCAAUGAAAAGUGAAAAAAAUGAUGUAGAAGUUAGGUUAACCACAUUUAUUCAGGCGUUAGAGAUUGAACUUGAACAGUGUACUCAGAAAAUCAAACGGCUUGAAAAGAAAAUAGAUGAAAGAGAGAAACAACUGACUGAAGCAAGGAACGAAAUAUUGUUGAAGAAAGGCAUUGCAACUCAAAAUGAACGAAAGAAUCAUCAGAAUGUCAAAAGAGCAACUGAACUUCAAGACGAAAUAAAUAGACUGAAUGUUAGACUACAGCAGAUGUAUACAACAUUAAAAGAUACAGAGGUUGAGCUUAGUGAAACAAAAACCAGACUUAGUAAAGCAAUGGGAGAAAGACUGACGGACAACAAUCCUAAUAUAGCUGAUCUCAACGACAGAAAUCGUCCUACAAAACUUGCAGAAAGAUAUGCGGAACUGUAUGACAAUCAAUGGACUGAGGCAUUUGACGUUAUGCUAAAAGAACAAAACGAUGAGCAAGACACCAUCGAAACACUGCUAAAAUUUCUUCAGGAUGUCGAAAGUUUCUGCAAAACCAAAGCACGGGAACAAAUUGAAAAAUUGAGACGUGUGCUGGAAUUUUCCGACACUCAUAUAGAACGAGACAUUGCACCAAACGAACAAAGGAUUUUGAAAGAUUGUCGAAAAGCUAUGUCCAGCUCUUCUAUAGACAACCUUUAUCAGAUGUAUGUGUCCUAUCUAAAGGGGUCAACAGACAAAACAGGAAGGUCAGCUUUAAAUGUUCAAGACUUUACAAUGGAAUGUCUUACAAUUUGCUGGUAUAUGGUGGUCCAGGAUCCACCUGUUUCGUUGGCUCAAGUGGCUGAAAAGGGUUCGAUAUUCAACCCGGACUUAUACAAAGCAUACACAAGAAGUGGCACACACGUUGAAUAUGUUGUCUGGCCACCGCUUCUUUUAUACGAAAAUGGUCCUGUAUUGAUGAAAGGUGUUGCCCAAGGAUAUCAGCAGAUUAGAAACCAUAUUCAACAUGAUUUACGCAAAUAUAACGCAUUUUUGUAUCCAAAUAAAGACUUUAUUGAAGAUCGUUAUGAUCGAUGCCAGAUACCUGAGGAUUAUGAUGAUUCAGGUAUUUUCAUGGAUGACAGCUGGGAAUCGAUCGUCGAAACCCGAAAUCGAUCAACAUCAAAACAGUCGGGGUUUAAGGUAUUACAAGAACGUGAUAAAGAAAUUAAAGAUUUGACUGACAAGCUUAUGAAGAAAGAACGUCAAUGUCAUGAAAAUCAUGACAACAUAUCCCGAUUAGAAAAGCAGCUUCUGAUUGUACAAAAACAGCUAAACGAUAGCGAAUCUAAAAUCAUAACGAUCAAAAUUGAAGAUAGAACGAAAAUUGAUAAACUUGAGGGGGACAUUGAAGAUCUGAAACGCAAGCUCAGUGUAGCACAAACACAUGUUUCGGGAUUUACAAACAAGGCAAACCUCAGAUGUAACUUAAACGCCGAAUCGGAAUAUACAAGAGAGAACAAAAAUAACUUGGUUAAGAUGAAAUUGAAAAUAGACGAAUAUGAGAGAGAAAUUAAACUUCUAGAGAAAAGUAAUAAAGAAAAAGAAGUUCAAUUGUCUGCUGUGAGGAAUCAAUACAAUGCCUGUUCAAGAGAACAACAAAAGAUGGAAUCAGAUUUAAGGAAAUCAUUAUCUUCAUGUCAGCGCGAUCUAGCUCUUCGUGAUGGCACACUCAAAGAUCUUGAAGACCAAUUAAAGAAAUAUAAAGGCAUUUCAAGCGGAAGUAACAUUGAACGCUUUGAGCACACAGAGAGGAGUAGCACUGAGAUUAAAUGCAAAAUUAAACUUUCGGACCAAGAAAUGAUAAAUCCUGGACAAGAAAAAGAGCACCACGAAAGCCUCACAAAAUUGCGUUCAGAGUGCAAAGACAAAUCGCAAAAGAUCUCUGAUCUUGAAAGGCAGCUUAAUGAAGCAUUACAAAAACUAACUUACAAGACGGAAGAGCUAAGAGCUAAUGCAACUUUACAUAGAAACGAGAUGAGCAAUGUCAAUGCGGACUAUACUCGUCUUAAGACCCAAUCCAAGGUCCAACAAAGGUCAAUUUCGUCUCAUGAACUUACAUGCAUUGAAUUGACCGAAGCGAAUAAAAGUCUCCAUAAGAUGAUAGAAGAUAAUGAAAAGCAAGUCCGUCAACAAAGGGAACAGCAACAAGAGGCUUUGAAACAGAUGCAAGAAAGAGAAAAGGAAUUAGUAAUGAGAAUCGAUUUGCAAAAGAAAGAAAUUCUACGUCUUAAAGAUGAUUUGCAUAGGAGCAAAAACGCCUUAAGUCAUCUUGAAAAAUCAAUGCAAAGCAAGACUCUUGAGAAAAAGAUCUCUGAUCUUGAAAGGCAGCUUAAUGAAGCAUUACAAAAGCUAAAUAAUAAGGAGGAAGAGUUUAGAGCCAAAGAACCUUCACAUAAAAACGAAGUCAGCAAUAUCAAUGUAGACUACACUCGUCUGGAGACCAAAUCCAAGUCCCAACAAAGGACUAUUUCGUCUCAUGAACUUACAUGCAUUGAAUUGACCGAAACGAAUAAAAGUCUCCAUAAGAUGAUAGAAGAUAAGGAAAAGCAAGUCCGUCAACAAAGGGAACAACACCAAGAGGAUUUGAAACAGAUGCAAGAAAGAGAAAAGGAAUUAGUAAUGAGAAUCGAUUUGCAAAAGAAAGAAAUUCUACGUCUUAAAGAUGAUUUGCAUAGGAGCAAAAACGCCUUAAGUCAUCUUGAAAAAUCAAUGCAAAGCAAGACUCUUGAGAAAAACACAAACGAAGUUAAAGCUGACACUGACCAAAGAAAGAAAAUAGCAGAAUUGACAAAACAACUUCAAGAGGCGCGUACAAAGCUUCAUGACACCGAGACUGAACUCGCUGAAACUAAAUCAAGACUAAGCAAAGUUAUGGGUAAUAGGCUGACUGACAACAACCCGAACAUCACUGAUUUGAGUGAUAGAAAUCGUCCGACUAAACUGGCUGAAAAAUAUGCUGAGCUGUAUGAUAAUCAAUGGACAGAUGCGUUUGACGUUCUAGAAAAAAGCUACCAUAGAGAAGAAUAUGUUAUUGAAACUCUUUUACAUAUUUUACAGGAUGUAUUUACAUUUUGUUUGAAGAAGGCAAAAGCACAAAUGAAGAACUUAGGACAGGAACUCAAAUUUGCCGACAGAGAGGACAAAGGAGAUGUCACUGUCGAUGUGCGAAAACUUUUAAAAGAGUGCAGGAAGGCCGUGGGAUUCACAGAAAACUUACCAAAGAUGUAUCAGUCGUAUCUAGAACAGUCUACAAAUGACAGGACUAAAACAGCUCUAAAAGUCCGUGCAUUCACAGCGGAAUGUUUGGAAAUGUGUUGGUUUAUGGUGAUCCAAGACCCACCUGUUGCCUUCGCUCCUCUACUCAGUAAAGGCUCAAGUUUUGACACCGAUUUCUACAAACCGUACACCAUCAGUGGAGCAAAGGUUGAUUUCGUCGUAUGGCCGCCUCUCUUAUUACAUGAGGGCGGUCCAAUUCUGGCAAAAGGCGUGGCGCAGGGUUGUGGCAAGAAAACAGCUUCAUAAGUGACUUUCUCGGCUACAAACUGAUAACUUUAUUAGUAAAAGUUUGUAUUCCUUUCUCAUUAUUAUAACUCUUUAAAAGGUGUUUAACUUUUGAAUAGAGUUUUAAGAAUGAUCAAAAUGCACAAGUUAUAAUAGAAAUCAUAGACAUCUGAUGUUUUUUAUAAUUAUUGCUAUUAUUUAGUGUUACAUUGCAAAUCAUUAUAUUAUUCAUUCUAUAAACAAACAAUUAUUGCACUUGGUGUAAGUGGACCAACUCACAUGACAUACUGCACAUGUGUUUAACAUGUUUAAAUCUAUGCACUUAUUUACAUGUAUGCUGUCAUUAACAUUUAUGCUGUCAUUUAAAUCUAUGCUGUCAUUUAGAUGCAACUCUUUGUUUAUACUAGUUUAUUGAUUCAUUGCACAAGUACUAGACAGGAUAUGAUUUUUUUAUGAGUUUGUGAAUUGUUUUACAAAUUUGUUGAGACAAAAGACCCAUUCUACCAGAAAAUGAGACAAAAAUACUGUAUAAUAAAAACUUUAAGUCUAUACGGUUUUCACUGAAGAAGUUUGCGAAUGAAGUGUUGAUUUUAUAUCUUCUAAAGGUGAUUGUUAUUCAGACUGGAGGCAACGUCUCCGAUACGUAGAAUAGAUUUCGCUAUGUUAAAGGAGGUAUAGAUCUUAUAACUAUGACAUAUAUGAAGAAAACAUUUUAUGGUUGUAUCUAUUUUUGAAAACUCUACAUUUAUCAUGUCCCUUAGUUUUAUUGCUUUAUACCUAUUCUUGUUUUUUAUUACUAUCAUUCUUUAUGAACUUCAAGGUAUCAUAGCUCUUAAUAUGUAACCUUUAGGAUUUAUUUUGGGUAAAGGUAAUUUGAUGCGUUACCAUCAUUUUGAGUAUCUAAAUAGGCUAGAAUUACUCUCAACUGCAUUGACAUUGAAAACAUGUUUUCCUUUUAUUUUCUUUUAAUUUAUUUUUUAUUUAUUCCUUUUUUUUGCAUUUUUUUGUAUAUCUCAGAUCCUUUAUAGAAUAAAAAAUUAGAUUUCAAUAACAUAAUUAGUAUAGGUAUUAAUCGGAAAAUAAGGCUAAAUUUAGAUAGUCUAAGAUAUAGUGUCGCUUGAUAAUGUUAAAACUAAUAGUAAAAGGAUCUUAUAUUUGAUAUGGUAAAGUAUUGCAGUUCUUGGAAAUAUUGGUUAGUUAAUAGUUAUAUUUGUAAUUUUAGGCACUCUUAGCAGAAGAAUCGUCAACAGAGUGUUUAGUUUGUUUGUUUAACAUUUUAAUACACAUUUCAAACAUUUGACUAAAACAAUCAUAAAGAUUGUUUGGUGCAUAAGCUGAACGUUUUAAUUUGUUUCUUAACGUGAAUAAAGUUACGUAUCUGCAGCAAAACUUAUUGUUUGAAUUAAAAAAAAUACUUCCACAGUAUUACAGUAAAUUGCCUUUAAAUGAAUAGCGCAUACACGAAAUUGUUGUUAAACGUUAUGUUUUUGCAGUGUUUUUUCUCAUUAAAAGUGCUAUUUA